AUGAUUAGCUUGGCGGAUAAAAUUCGUAAAAGACAACAAGGCCAGGUAUCUAAUGAACCUGAUUCUGCUUCCUCUGCUUCCAUAAGGAAUGCCUCCAUUCGUGACAAACUCCUAACGCAGGAGUUGCCAGAAUUAAAAGCCAAUCUAACCCAACAAUGUGAGCUUCGAUAUCCGGACCCUAAUAAACUUCACGAAUUUGAACUCAUUGUCUCACCGAAAGACGGAUUCUGGGCUAAGGGUCGUUUUCACUUCAGUGUCACAGUGCCUGAAGGUUACAAUCAUGUUCCUCCCAUUGUGAAAUGCACUACAAAAAUAUGGCAUCCUAAUAUUGACGAGGAGGGGAGAGUCUGCCUUAGUCUUCUUAGACCUAGCUCAUUGGACUCAUCUGGCUGGGCCCCUACGAGGAAGUUAUAUGAGAUGAUAUGGGGAAUUGAGUCCUUGUUUUCUGAUCUUUGUGAUUUUAGCGAUGCACUAAAUACAAACGCGGCAGAACAGUACAGCCGUGACCCCGAAGCUUUCAGGCAGAAGGCUAGGUGGUACGUCAAUGAAUUCGCCAGGCAAUAA